AGAAAUUUAAGCAUCACCAAUUUCAAGUUUGGUAGGUUGGAAAAGAAAAAUAUUAUUUGCCUUAAGGAUAUACAGGGACAGGGUGAUUUGCAAGACAUGCCAUCAAACCCUUUCCCUUCAAGUGCAUGUUUAUGUUCACAUUUCCUUUCAUUCAAAUAUCUCUUUUUUCUUUUCUCUUCCCUCCCUCGUUCAUCAGACACAGCAAAAACAAAAAAAGAAAGAAAAAUGAACCUCAAAAGCAUAUCUUUAACUUUCCUAGUUUCCAUUUUGGCAAUUUUAGUAUCCAAGCAUUUCAUGAGUAGUACUCCAAAUAAUAACCCACAAAUAAUCUCUCUCAAAUACUUGAUUGACGUUUGUUUGACCACCUUUUCAUCACCCAUUAUUUCAUCUUUAAUCUCACUCAAAUUUAUCAGUAGACAUCAUCAUCAUCAUCAUAAGAAAAAACCCGAUGGGGGGAAAAACGUAUCGAUUUGUGACGAUUUUCCACCUAAUUUUCCUCCUCCAGACACUGAUACAACCUCAAUACUCUGUGUUGAUCGAAAUGGAUGUUGUAAUUUUACAACCGUACAAGCAGCUGUAGAUGCAGUCUCCAAUUCUAGCCAGAAAAGAAACAUAAUUUGGAUUAAUGUCGGCAUUUACUAUGAGAAAGUAAUUGUUCCAAUAAUCAAGCCAAAUAUUACAUUUCAAGGACAAGGCUUUACAUCGACCGCAAUUGUUUGGAACGACACGGCCAAUUCAUCACAUGGAACCUUUUAUAGCGGUUCGGUUCAAGUUUUCUCUGACAACUUCAUUGCUAAGAACAUAAGCUUCAUGAAUGUAGCUCCAAUUCCAGGCCCUGGUUAUAUGGGAGCUCAAGCAGUAGCAAUCAGGAUAGCAGGAGACCAAGCUGCAUUCUGGGGUUGUGGAUUCUUCGGAGCACAAGACACCCUUCACGACGACAAGGGCCGGCAUUACUUCAAACAAUGCUACAUCCAAGGCUCCAUUGAUUUCAUCUUUGGAAAUGCCAGAUCACUCUACGAGGAUUGCCAGGUGGUAUCCAUGGCGAACCCUGUGGCAGCAGGAUCGAAGUCCAUAGAUGGAUCGGUGACGGCACAUGGAAGAACAUCGAAGGAUGAGAACACAGGGUUUGUGUUCGUAAACUGCACGGUAGGAGGCACGGGAAGAGUGUGGCUUGGGCGAGCAUGGAGGCCAUUCUCUCGAGUGGUGUUUGCGUCGACGACAAUGUCUGAUAUUAUAGCACCUGAGGGUUGGAAUGAUUUCAACGACCCAACAAGAGACCAGAGUAUAUUCUAUGGAGAAUAUAACUGCACAGGUCCAGGAGCUAAUAUGAGCAAGAGAGCACCUUAUGUACAGCGACUCAAUGACACACAAGCGGCUCCUUUUCUUAAUCUGUCUUUCAUCGAUGGAGAUCAAUGGUUGCAACCCUUCCUUUAAUUAACCAUUCUCUCCUCCUCCUCCUCCAUCUUUUUGUCAUCUUUCUCUAUACCACAUUAAUUGUAUGAUUAAGAUUAAAGUUAUUUUUUAAACAAUAUAUAUAAAUAUAUAUUCGCUACAAAAGCAAAUAUCUCA